AUGGCCCCCUCAAAGACCUCCAAGGCCGUCGCCGUCGCAUCGAAAGAUGUCGCGCCCGCAAUUGACCCCGAGCAGACCCUGAAGGCAUCCAAGGCGCUGCUCGCCCACAUCAAGAAGGCCGCGGCCUCCAAGACCGAGGAGUCCGGCAAGAAGAACCUCCUCGCCGACCCCGAAGACGACCUCGCCAGCUCCCCCGUCUGGCUGACCCUCACCACGAAGCGCCACAUCGCCGACACCAACCGCCUCAAGCCCGGCAAGAUCGUCCUCCCGCACCCGCUCAACACGGACGAGGAGUCCACGAUAUGCCUCAUCACCGCCGACCCCCAGCGCGCCUACAAGAACAUCAUCGCCUCCGACGACUUCCCCGAGGCGCUGCGCAAGCGCAUCACCCGCGUCGUCGACGUCGGCAAGCUCAAGGCCAAGUGGAAGCAGUACGAGGCCCAGCGCAAGCUCUACGCCGAGCACGACAUCUUCCUCGCCGACGACCGCAUCAUCAACCGCCUGCCCAAGGCCCUCGGCAAGACCUUCUACAAGAGCACCACUAAGCGCCCCAUCCCCGUCGUGCUCUCCCCCAAGCCCACCCGCAUCGACGGCAAGCGCCAGAAGCCCGCCGAGAAGACCCAGGGCUCCGUCCGCGCCGGCACGCCCCAGGACAUUGCCGCCGAGAUCGAGAAGGCCAUCGGCUGCGCGCUCGUCAGCCUGACGCCCUCGACCAACACGGCCAUCCGCGUGGGCUACGCCGGCUUCACUGCCGCGCAGAUCGCCGAGAACGUCGAGGCCGUCGUCAAGGCGCUCGUCGAGAAGUGGGUGCCGCAGAAGUGGGCCAAUGUCAAGAGCAUUUACGUCAAGGGCCAGGAGACGGCCGCGCUGCCCAUCUGGCUGACGGACGAGCUCUGGCUCGAGGAGAAGGACAUCGUCGCCGACGGCAGCGAGGAGGCCAAGGCCAUUGCGGAGAAGGCCAACAUUGGCAAGAAGCGCAAGUCGAUCGAGGCCGCCCCCGAGGGAGAGGAGGAGGAGGAGAAGGAGACCAAGCCGACGACCAAGAAGGCCAAGAAGGCCGCCGCGCCCAAGGCCCUGCCCGAGGGCGACGACGCGAAGCUCGACAAGAAGAUUGCCGUGGCGCAGAAGGAGAAGUUGAGGAAGCAGAAGGCCAAGGCCAAGGCUGCUCUGGACAACUAA